AACCGCGAGUUUGGCCCGAUGUAAACGAACCCUUCGGUUUAUUCAGUACGGCCGCGACCGUUGACCGGUCGACAGAUCAUAAUUUUACUAUCAUUAUUAUGACCGAGUCGCUGAGCGGUAUAAACCCGGUAUCGUCGACACGGCCGUCGCAGGCCCCGUCCGUGAUUUGUGUGACUACCAAUUUUGCCAUUACUGCGCGUUGACAUUAUUAUUUCGCGGUACUGUUCAUAACGAUUUACACCUGACGACCACCGCCGCCGUGUGGUUAUCACUACUUCCGGUCUGAGGCGCCGCCGACACCUCGUACGUUACAGGCAUUGCAGCAUCACAGGUCACGGUUUCCGGACAGUUAUAAUGGACGGACCCGGAGGAGAAGGAGACGGCGGACAGUCGGAGCAUCAUCAGCAGCAGCAGCAGCAGCAGGACAAUGAACACCGUCCUGCGGCCGACGCGCAACAGCUGGACAUACCCAAACCGCCGGCACGCCGCCUGUCGCGCAGCACAAUGUCACUGAAGAUUGCACCUGAUAUACCGCCAAAACCGCCGAAAUUCCAGUUUUUCCCAUCGUCCCCGACCGCCGUGUGCCUGACCAUGCCCAUGACCCCGAUCGCCGACCCGACCAUACCAAAUGGGUUCUCGCCGCAACUUUACCAGGCGUACACGUCAAAUAAAGCCACCGAUUUUUUCUUCAAACAGCUCGACGGAUUCAAAGAUAUCGUCUCCACGGCCAAAUCGAGAUUAAGCUUUGGUGAACGAGCCGUUUUCUGGAUGUAUGACAAAAUCAGAGAAUGGUCUAGAAAGUGGCUUACUCAUUUCUUCCUACUCUUCAUUGCUGCCGGUUAUUGCGCAGCUGGAGCGCUAAUAUUUCAAGCAGUCGAAGGGUCGAAAGACCAAAACAUAGUUCCCAGAGAAAGAGAACAGUUGAUUAUAAAUCUUGCCAAUCUAAUGGAGAAAAUUGUAAAAAAAAAUGACUCAAUAUUUAUAGAAACCAGAAAUCUCAUUCAAAAAUACGAGUCUUUUUAUGUACAGAACAACAAGCCAGAAUGGAAUUAUUUAAACGCCGUAUUUUAUUGUGGCACAGUGUUCACGACCAUAGGUAAGUUCAAAUAAUACAGAAGUAUAGACUAUAGGACACAAAUAUUAUUCUGUAUGCUUAAGUCAUUCGACAUAGUGCCAUUGAUAUAAUAUGUUCUGAAUUGUUCCCGGUUCAUUUUGAGAACGUUGUUGCAUCUACAACUAGGUAAUAAACUACAUAACCUAUUACGCAAAACAUUUUGCGUUAAACCUAUAAUUAUCCAUUAAAUACCUAGUACCUACCGGCUACCAUAAUGCCUUAUAUGACAUGCAUCAAAUACUUUUCAUACUAUUUCACACAUGAAAUACAUCUAGACUCAUUUGUGAUUAGUGAUUACUGAAAACAAACAAUUUCGUAAAAUCAUAAAUUCGCUCUUUUGAAUUGUAUAACAUAUUAUCAUAAUCUUAUUAAAAUGUGUUCAUAGAAUGUGAGUGCAGUUAAAAUGACUCCAAAGCAACCGUUAUUAUAAAGGCAGCGGAAAAUUGUAAAAUUAGA